AUGUCUUUACGAUCCCAUCCCAGCGCUCGUGCGCUACCGCGUAGAAACAAAACAAGCAAGAACGCCAAUAAUUAUCGUCCACUCGAUUCGACGUUGAUAUCUUCGCUAAAAAACAGAAACUAUUUUUAUAUAUAUAUAUAUACCCACUUGGUACUCUUGGAACUCCUGACUGCUGGUCGCGACUGGUGCGCCGAUGCGGGCAUCGGUGCACUACACCUACAUUGCUGGAGUGGUUGGAGCGCGAAAGCGGGGGGCCUGCGAUCAUGUCUUCCCAUUUUGACACCUUGGUUUUAAACGAUACCUAUGCAGGCUUGCCGUCAAACACUGGUCCUCUUCGCUCAAUGUGAUAACCAAAUCUGCUGCCAUGAAUUUCACUCACGAAGGGGAACCGCAACACUGACGCAUGGCAGUGGAGAUUAUCGACGCUGAUCACUUGGCAAUAUCUGCCAUCGUCACGGUCGCACUACAGCUGACGUUCUUCAUCGUAGCGGCGACGUUUCACUUCGACAAACUAACAGACUUCGCCGGUGGCUUCAACUUUAUUAUCUUGGCGCUGACCGUGUUCCUGCUUGCUCAGACUUACAGCACAAGGCAGUGCCUGAUCACUGGACUGGUCUGUCUGUGGGGCUUACGCCUCUCCACAUUCCUCCUUUUUCGCAUCAUCAAGAUUGGACGUGACGAGCGAUUCCAGGAAGCGGGAAAAAACAUUGCACGCUUUGCUGUCUUCUGGACAUUUCAGGCGGUGUGGGUUUACACGGUGAGCCUGCCAGUGAUUUUCGUCAACUCCCCGCGGAAAGCUGAGCCCCUGACUGUUAGCACCAUGACCCGGCUUGACAUGGCUGGCACCAUCAUCUUCUUCAUUGGCUUCGCCUGCGAGGCUAUGGCGGAUGUACAAAAGUAUAGCUACCGGCAGAACACGUCUAAUGCCAGGCACUGGUGCAACGUUGGGUUGUGGAGAUACUCGCGGCACCCCAACUACUUCGGAGAGAUCACGCUGUGGUGGGGCAUCUUCCUCAUCUCGACCAACGUGCUGUGCGGGGCCGAGUGGGUGGCUGUGCUUAGCCCACUCUUCAUCAGCGCCAUCAUCCUCUUCCUCAGCGGAGUCCCCCUGCUCGAAAACAGCGCUGACAUGCGCUAUGGCUGCAUGGAAGAGUACCAGCGGUACAAGCGCACCACAAGCCCCUUGCUACCGCUACCUCCAAGCAUCUACGAAGAAGUGCCAAACUGUUUCAAGUGUCUCAUCUGCUUCGAGUUCCCAAUCUACACAAACUCCAAGGCAAUUGCCACUUCCAUUUAAUAAUGAAGAGUCACAUUCACUCAACGGAAUGGCACUCUUGGGGUCAGCAACUAACGGGAGCCAGUAAGAUAGCAGAAGUGUCCUAGGCAGUGUUAUAGAACGAGCGGAAAGCGCCUCGCUGUUGAGCUUUAACAGUGCUAUUGUUGUUUUAAGUAGCUUUGCAAAAGCUUACUUGCUGUUAUGCUGCUUAGGUGUAGCUCUCCUCAACAUCAAGGUCUUUUUGGGCACAUGUUAGGGUGCUAUCCGACAAUUAGGUUUAAGAGUAGGAAACCCUCAACAACUGCUGCAUUCCAAUUUUAAUAUUUGCAGUUGACUCACCAAACCUUAAAUUUCUUCCCCAAUCCCCCCCCCCCCCCCCUGCACUAGGGCACUAUGGCAAACUGCUUUACCUUGACAAAUUGUUAGCCACUAAAACAAUGCAGGAAAAAGAACUGUAAAAUCAUACAAAAGUUUUUUUGUUUUUUUUUAGUUUGAAUUUUAUACAUUUUCCAGACUCACUGGUCCACUUGCCCCUUGUUGAUCACUGGCUCUACCCAAACUGGGGAUAACCGAUCACUGUCUAAAAUAAGAUUGUAUCCAGCUCCAACCAGAGCCCUGUCCCAGACUUCAUAGGUUGUGUGUACCGUCUACGUAGAUAGCAACAUUUUGAGACACUAAAGGGUGAAAUAUUUGCCUUGGAACCCGUCAAGUAUAAAAGUAAGGGUAAUGCUGACAAAUACUUACUGCACCGACAUUUGUCGGUUUUUGUGAAAAAGCUGCUUAACAAUCGCACUUGCAGUAGUUCCCAGAGAAAGUAUACUUUUCAAUGCUCCUACGCUAGAGCGAAUUAGAGUGCCAAAGUGCAUGCCCCCUGACCAGGGCUUGUUAUCUCUUGUUAUGCAGUUGCAGAUAUUUAACUAGCUAGACAUUUAUGCUCAACGCAACGUACAAGGCUGUACUCAGAGUAGACGAAGUAGGACUUUAGAAGUGCAAUCUGCAAAGCACAGUAGUACACGGACCUUCCAGGGCCAACACCUUUUCGACCAUGCUCCCGAGAUUCCUGAAGAGUCUAGCCGAGUUCAGAAGCCCCUAAGCCAACACUAGGCCUGAUCAUCACCCAGAGUAACUUGCAUUUGAAGAUAACUUAUUUUUACUUUUACCCUGAUGUACAACUUUAGAGAAGGAAACAAAAACUGUACCCUCUUUUGUUAAUAAAAGAUACCUAACCCUCUUCCU